CUUGCACUUCCUGUUAUGAGGCCAUGAAAGGAUAAACUAGGCUACUCAUGGAUAUUUAUGUUGAAGGUAGGUUAGCAUAUGUUGAAGUUGUUACUCUUGUAUCAUUUUUACCAGGCAGAUGUACAUAACACAGAUAAGUAAGAAUCAACUAAAUUCUUCCAUCAGGUAAGAAAAUGCAGAGAUGGGUGAGAGAGGAGUGAGGAAGAAUGAGGCUUAUGUGAGGGCAGAGGGAGGGAGGAGAGUGACGGUGAUGGGGGAGUGUUGUUGAUUGUUCCUCAUAUUUCAGGAGAGGUCCCGCAGACAGAUCUCCAUAUAAGACCACGGGGUGCUCUGAUCUCUGUCUCUGCCACCAGAGACCAGGGGGGUGGGAGGUAUUUCCACAGCUCAUCACACUGCCAGUCCCUGUCAUCUUUUUUUCCUGCUGUCUUAAUCCUCUUCUCCUUUCUUAAGUCGGUUUUCAGCGAUUGUUGAUUCCUAUUUUUGCUUCAAUUUUGAAAUCCUGACCCUAGCCUAACUCAUCAGGGAAGGUCUGCACAAAGAUGGUCCCCAUCAAUACGCAGCACACCAUAGCAUAAGCAUCGGAAUUAAAUAAACUUGGCAGCUGGUGGAGAUUUAUCGAUUUUUGUUUUAAAGACUCAUCAACUGCACCUAUACUUCGUUUUCCUCUUCCUUGACUACUGGCAACUCACGGCUGAAGAGAUGUCCUCUCUUACAGCCCCAGAAAAAUCCUCGUCUAACACAAUGGGUCCCAAAGAGGUGGAGCUGAUCCUCGUGAAGGAGCAGAAUGGGGUCCAGUUCACCUCCACCACCUUAGUAGCUCCGGCCCAGACUAAGCCCACAGGCGUGGAUGAGAGGGAGACAUGGGGGAAGAAAAUCGACUUCCUCCUGUCUGUGAUUGGAUUUGCCGUGGAUCUUGCGAACGUCUGGAGAUUCCCUUACCUUUGCUACAAGAACGGAGGAGGAGCCUUCCUGGUGCCAUACCUGUUCUUCAUGGUGAUCGCAGGGAUGCCUCUUUUUUACAUGGAACUGGCCCUGGGGCAGUACAACAGAGAGGGAGCAGCAGGGGUCUGGAAGAUCUGUCCCAUCUUUAAAGGUGUUGGCUUCACAGUGAUUCUCAUUUCCCUUUAUGUUGGUUUCUACUAUAACGUCAUCAUCUCCUGGGCACUGUUUUACCUUUUUUCCUCAUUCACCCAUGAGUUACCAUGGGUCCACUGCAACAACACCUGGAACAGCCCAAACUGCUCAGACUGGGCUGACAACAGCUCAAUCGGUGACAUUUACAAAGCCACGCCUGCUCAGGAGUAUUUUGAACGAGCGGUCCUCCAUAUUCAGGACAGUAAUGGUAUUGAUGACCUUGGACGUCCACGAUGGCAGCUAACUUCCUGUUUGGCUGUUGUGAUUAUUCUACUCUACUUUAGUCUCUGGAAGGGAGUCAAGACCUCAGGCAAGGUUGUUUGGAUCACAGCAACCAUGCCCUAUGUGGUCCUGACUGUCCUGCUGCUCCGCGGAGUGACUCUGCCUGGAGCCAUCGAUGGCAUUAAAGCGUACCUCUCUGUUGACUUCCUGAGACUCUGUGAUGCCAAGGUCUGGAUCGAGGCCGCAACACAGAUCUGUUUCUCGCUGGGCGUCGGGUUUGGUGUGCUAAUUGCAUUUUCCAGUUACAACAAAUUCAGCAACAACUGUUACAGGGAUGCCAUCAUAACCAGCUCCAUCAACUCUUUGACGAGUUUCUUCUCCGGAUUUGUUGUUUUCUCCUUUCUUGGGUACAUGUCCCACAAACACAACGUGGCUCUAGAUAAAGUCGCCAGAGAUGGUGCUGGAUUAGUGUUUGUCAUUUAUCCAGAAGCCAUUGCAACGUUACCUGGGUCAUCAGUGUGGGCGGUGAUUUUUUUCAUUAUGCUGCUGACACUUGGCCUUGACAGUGCAAUGGGGGGUAUGGAGUCGGUGAUCACAGGACUGAUUGAUGAAUUCAAAUUCCUUCACAAGCAUAGAGAGCUGUUCACCCUCUUCAUCGUUGUUUCGACGUUUCUCAUAUCACUCUUAUGUGUCACAAAUGGAGGGAUGUAUGUGUUUACUCUGCUGGAUCACUUUGCAGCAGGAACAUCAAUUCUCUUUGGAGUGCUUAUUGAAGCCAUCGGCAUCGCCUGGUUCUAUGGAGUGGAUCGUUUUAGCGACGACAUAAAGGAGAUGAUUGGCCACAGACCUGGGAGGUACUGGAGGCUGUGCUGGAAGUUUGUUAGCCCUUGCUUCCUCUUGUUUAUGGUUGUGGUGAGCUUUGCCACGUUCAACCCUCCAAAUUAUGGAUCCUACAUGUUUCCUCAAUGGGCUAACAUGCUGGGGUGGUGUCUGGCCAUGUCAUCGAUGACCAUGGUGCCGCUGUAUGCCAUCUACAAGCUCUGCAUACUGCCCGGAAGGUUUUGCGACCGGCUUGCUUAUGCCAUCACUCCUGAGACAGAGCAUCAUCUGGUAGACAACGGAGAAGUCCGGCAGUUCACUCUGCAUCACUGGUUGGUCGUUUGAGAGGUGCAGAAAGAAACAUGGAAGAGGUAAAGGAGAAAGAAUGUCAGAGUGGAUGCUGGAUGCAUGCAAAAAUAGAAGUCUAAAGAGCUACAGAGUGAAGACAGCCAUGUGAACUGAUCGCAGGGAUUAGGAUGCAGAGUUUAAAAGUGCCAAGAGAAAAAAAGAGAAAAAAAAUCCACAGAAAUUGUAGUGUUGUUACAUUUUAAUAGUGGAUGUGUAAAACUGUGCAUUGGCCCCUAUCUACUGUUUCUCCACAAGCUCAUGAAUGGGAUUCAGUGAAAUAGUUCAUUUGGUGUUCAGCCUGCUAUUUCCGUAAAUGCAAAAAGUCCAUGAAUGCAUAUCAUGGAAGUUUUAGACAGCUAUGUAUUAGUGUGAUGAAUCUUCCCUAUGUUUUAUACCAGUAGGCAUUUCUUACUGCUGCUGAAUGAACACAAAAAGAUAUUGUGAACAUUAUUUGAAGUGCUUAGUAGCACAAUUUCAGAGACAGUUUUGUUAAAUUUAUGAUGUUGUAGAGGUGCUGCACUGAAACAUUCUUUUUUUUUCUAAUGGACUUAAAACAGAGAGCUUAAUUUAUUUUUGUGCAUUUCCACAUUUCCUGAAAACUAUUUGGCUCUAAAAUAAUUUAACUGUAAAGAACACACUACCGUAAUUCUUAAAUCUGAACAAGACUAUGUAGUUAAUAAUUUUAAUUUUAAGACUGUUAUGAUUGCUGUAGCCUUAUGGAAUUUAACGAUCUUUGUUUACAUGAAAAUUGCUUAGUUACAUACAAUGUUUUAUUGUUUCUUAAAACUUGGUUUUACAGUUUUAUAACAUGUUACAGUUGAUGUUCUUUUAGGUGACAAAAUACAUAAAAUAUGCUAUAUAAACUGGCCAUUUGUCGCACCAUUUUAAAGUAUAAAUAUAUAUAUGUUAAAAACAUUUAAAAAAAGGAAACUCCAGAGCCCCCAAAAGGUCACUUUUUAAUUAUUCCCAAAAAUAUUAAUGGUUUAAUAAUUAAGUUGGUAUUUUAUUUGACUUGUAAAGAAAGCUGGCUAUGGUGGAGAUUAUUGUGUCUCUACUACAUCACUUAGUGGUGGUAGCUCAGGUACUCGGUAAUGUUCUUUAAAAGCAUCACAUAAGGCAUUACAUUAUCAUUGCAUUUCAUGAUAUCUUUAGACUGUAAAUAAAUCUGGACUGUUCAAGACCAAAAUUUAUGAUUAUUCUAGAUCAGUCUGGAACAGAAUUUGUGGGAGAAUACAAAGGUAUAACAAAGGUAGCAUAACAUCAUAACACAUUUCUUGCUAUUCAAGAUAGAUUGUUCAUGUAAUUAUUUCUUACACAGAAUCAUUGGUAAGUCUUUGUUACAAUGAAUUAGGAGAUUUAAUGUUUUAAACUUGGAGAAAAUUGGACAAAGUAUCUAUAAUUUUUUUUAUUAAAAAAUAUUUCCAAAUGUUA